AUGAGGAUGCCAUACUUUGCCCUGAUGCACACCUUGUCCUUGGGCCUGCCAUGUUUCCACCGUCCACUCUCCCGUGUCUUCUCCGUCACUGCGUCUCAACCAACGGCCCCGACAAGGAGCACAAGUCGGGUCUUGUACGAGCCUAUUGAGAGCGUGGAACGAAUGGAGUACUACCAGAAGGGUGGCUAUCAUCCUAUGAACAUUGGCGAUCACUUCCAUGCUCGCUACCGAGUCGUUCACAAACUCGGUCACGGCACAUACUCAACAAUCUGGCUAGCCCGCGACGAGAUAUCGAAGCGAUACGUUGCCGUGAAGAUUUGUACAGCGUAUUCGGACCCUCUCGAGACCAAUGUACUGUCCCAGCUAUCAGAGCCUCCAAAGUCGUCAGAUAUAGGGGCAACAAUGAUACCCUCGAUUUUGGAUAAAUUCAAUAUUCAGGGCCCCAACGGUAACCACGCCUGCCUGGUAACAAGCCCGGCAAGGAUGAGCUUGUCUGAAGCAAAGGACGGAUCAUGGAUAGGCCUUUUUCAGAUUGAUGUGGCUCGUGCGCUAGCAGCACAGCUGGUGACGGUGACUCGGUAUAUGCAUUCACAGGGCUUAUUGACUACUAAAGAGCUAUAUGAGCGGUAUGGAGAGCCGGAACUUGAGCCAGUCAACCUAUUAGAUGGCCAAACGCCUCCGCCAGGAGUUCCAAAACAUGGCGUCGUACCUAUCUGGCUUGGGGAACCGACGCGAUUUCAGCCAACAGUGCCACUCACUUUCUCAUCUGAUACCUGGACGCUGGCAUGCACCAUCUGGGAUAUCGUAGCCCAACGAUCCCUGUUCGAAGGCUUCCUAACCAACGAAGACGACAUGACUUGCCAGCAAAUCGCAGCCCUGGGUCCGCUCCCCAUCGAAUGGUGGGACAAAUGGGAGGGCCGUGCAGACCACUUCAACGAUGACGGCGAGCCAAUCAAUCGCGCUACAUCCCAGUAUAGGUCUUUAGGGGAUGCCUUCGAAAUAAAUAUCCAGCAACCGCGGAGUCAGGCAGGGAUGCCGCCACUUGAAUUGAGCGAGCGAGAUGCGUUCUUCGCGAUGUUGCGUCCGAUGCUUUCUUUCAGACCUGAGGAUCGUCCGUCUGCUCAGCAGGUUCUCGAGUCGGAUUGGAUGGUGAAUUGGGCUAUUCCUGAGUAUGAGAAGAUUCGAAGCUUAGAAGAAAGCUAGUAGUGGUUGCUAUGGUAUUUAGGAACUCCGAAAGCAUGCUUGGCCAUCCCGCGGGAAUGAUAAUACUUAAGCGAGUACUCACUGGGAUCGUUUCCCAGGGUUGAUCGGCUGUAUCUCCCACUACAAAGUCUCGGCAGGCCUCAUUUGGGAAAGCCUGAGCUGGAGGUUCGGUAGAAGAUAAUGGUAUCACUUUACCAAGCCACAGUAUUCUUAUCUGAUUUUAGUUGGUUGGCAAGUGAGGUGUGCUGCCGUUGUCACUUUUCCCUGUACCCGUCUAUAAACUACCUAUAAGCUUUAACUCGUGCUUAGCAAGGCUUGAGGUAUUGGGAA